AUGGCCGUCGUUGUGGAGCAAACGAUACCUUUCGAUCCUAAAGUCCUUGACAUCGAGAACCCAAGCCGUUGGAACGGGCUCUUUCCACUUAUUCGGCCAGCAGUGAAGGCUACGCAAACCGCCAAAGGUCAGACGAUCCUGGUAGAUACAUCCAAGGCGAAUAGUAAAAACGUGCACAUCGUAGCCAUUGGGAAACCCGGGAACUUCUCCUCAAAGCUUCUGGACGAGAAACAUGUCACAGCGAUAGUGACAGAGCAAACCGGCGCCGGUAUUCUCCACCCGACAGAUCUACCAUAUGCUUUAGAAAAUGCUGGUAUCAAAGAGAAUCAUGGAGUUGUGGUUGUGAGGUUAGGGAAGAAGCGAAAUGUCGAUGCACACAACCCUGACCUCAUCGAAGUGGUGGCUGAAGGCGAACUGGAACAAGACCACCUCUUACAACUUCUGGGCACUGCCACCGAUACUGCUAGAAGCAACGUCCAUCACAUAUCGGAUCUCCUGAAAGCUUUCGCCGAGUCUGUCAGCACUGCACACUCGACGUUCCACACCGAGAAAGUAGAAGGUAACCCUGCAGUACUACACGCAGAUGGACCAGUCGGUUUCGAGAAGGCGAAGGACGCAGUUGAGCGAGACCUCAAGCAUGCCAUGAAAUCCCACACGCCUAGAGACGACACAAUCCUCAACCACACCACCAAAGCCCGCGGUUUCUCAAUCUCCAUCGCCUCAAUCCCCUCCGCCUACCUCUCCCCCUCCCCAAAACCCACCCCUCACAAACCCACCGAACCAACUUCCACCCCCACCAAACCCUCCUCCACCACCACCACCACCACCACCUCUGGCAAAACCCUCCUCCUCACCACCCCCCAAAUCCUCACCCGCAUCCAAACCGCUUGCCACGCCCUCAUAACCUCCGAACCCACCAUAACAGAAUACGACACAAUCGUCGGCGACGGCGACUGCGGCCAAACCCUACGUUCCGGCGCCCAAACAAUCCUAAACUACCUCUCCACCUCCACCACCACCACCAGCACUCCCCUCCCCGAACUCCUCACCUCCCUCGUCUCCCGUCUAGAACUCGACAUGGGCGGCACAAGCGGAGCGCUAUAUUGCAUCUACGCAACCUCCCUCUCCCACUCCCUCCGCACAACCUCUUCCAUCUCCCCCCAAGCUCUCUCCACCGCGUUAAAAGCUCUCUGCAACUUCACAAAAGCUCGAAAAGGGGAUCGAACGGUCAUGGAUGUUUUGAUGCCGUUUUGCGAAGUUUUCGAAGAAAGUCUGGAUGCGGGAAAGGCUUUGGAGGCUGCGAGGUUGGGGAUGGAAGGGACGAGAAAUUUGCGGGCGAGGUUGGGGAGGAGUGCGUAUCUUGAUGAGAAAGCGACGAGGGGCGUGCCGGAUCCCGGGGCGUUUGGGUUGUGGGUUGUUUUGGGGGGGUUGUGUGGGGAGGGAGGGAUGAGAGAGGGAUAG